AUGAGUACAGUAAGUGAGGUAUUUUUAAUAUUUCUGCAUAUUCAAAUCAUAUUUUGGUGUUGGAUACCAUCUACAAUAUCGAUAAAAAUUAGUCCUUGCGCAAGAUGGAAUACAACAGGUGAAAUAGUGGCUGGUCUCGGUGGAAGAGGUAACAACCCUGAUCAACUUCGUGAACCUGAAGGAAUUUUUAUUCAUAGACAAACAAACACAUUAUAUGUAUCUGACACUGGUAACGACCGUAUUCAAGUUUUUACACUUAAUCAGCUAUCGAGUAUGGGUACUACUGUGAUAGUCAAUGUCACAUAUCCUACAAAGAUCUAUGUUGAUGAUGAUAACGAUGGGCAAACCAUUUAUGUCUCUGUUCGAAACGAAGACCGUGUCAAAAAAUGGGUUAAAGGAGCACCAGACGGCGUGCAAGUCGGAGGAGAAUGUUUGAUGUGUGAAAGCGUAUGGGUUGACAAAGAGAAAAAUGUUUAUAUGACAUCAGUGACGAAACAUUGUGUGUAUAAGUGGUCGCCACAAACAAAUAUUACGACGGUCGCCGCCGGUAGAGAAUUUGGUCAAGGAUCUGGAAGUGAUUCUCUCAAUUCUCCGGAAGGCAUUUAUGUUGACAAUACUAGUGGUACUGUGUAUGUGGCUGACUAUGCAAACCACCGCAUCCAGAAAUGGUUAAAAAAUGCUCUGAAUGGUACAACUGUGGCUGGAUUUAGCACAGGCGAUCAAGGUAGUGAUGCUGAAUCGUUGUCGUAUCCGACUACUAUAUGGGUCGAUGACGAAACUCAAGUUGUGUAUGUAGCAGAUUCAGACAAUAAUCGAAUUCAACGUUGGUUACCAAAUGCGUUCAUGGGUGAUACUGUUGCUGGUGGAACAGGUUGGGGUGAUAAACUUAAUCAACUUGACCAACCUGUCGAUUUGGCAUUUGACAAUGAUGGCAACCUCUAUGUGUGCGAUCGCAGCAAUGAUCGUGUUCUCAAGUUUAGAAUUAUUCACAAUGAGCCAUGUCUUCCGUUACCAACAACUAGUACAGGUUCUUUAUCUUUGAUAUUUUAA